UUGCGCUUUCGUUUUCCUCCGUUGUUGUGUCCAAGUUGUGACCUUGAAGCGCGGCCGCCUUCGUCGUCGUCGCCGCUUUUUUUACUCCUUCCCCUUCUUCUGACCACCAGCAUCUACGGUUCCUAUGGUUACGUUACAACCAUUAUAUUGUCUUUAGUAUAUCAUGAGUAUAUCCCAGAGAGCGUUCCAAGACGGGUUCUUGUGCCGUUGACAGUUAUUAUACAACAACAGCUGCUGUUUAUUGCUUAUCUUUUUUUUCUUCUUACAAACGAUUGAAAAAAUAUGGAUGUUUUGAUGGAUUUAUGAAGUUUUAUUUAAACUUUUAUUAAGUGUUUCUUUUAAAUUAUAAGUUAAUUUUUGUUUUUUAACUGAGAAAAAUGGAACACAACUUACAAAUAAUCGUCUUAUUUUUGUUCGUAUUUAAAACAUUUGGACAACUUGAGAAUAAUUGUAUAACAAAGCAAAGCAUUUUAGGGGGCGAACAUUUAAUUUGUUUAAAUGUUUCGGCUUCUUAUUUCCAAUAUUCCGGUUUAAAGUUAAAUAAAUCCCAUUGGGUCACUUGCGUUGGAUGUAAUUUAAAUGUAAUUAAAGAAAAUACGUUUAAUUUUCCAAAAAAUAAUGUUAGUUAUUUAAAUUUUACUCAAAAUAAUGUUUUGUCAAUCGAGCCGUACUCUUUUAGUCGCUUUCAUUUAUUGAAGUAUUUAAAUUUAAAAGAAAAUUUAAUUGAAUAUUUAGAUACGAAAGUUUUUGUUGGUUUAAGACGUUUAUUGCAUUUAGAUUUAAGUAAAAAUCGGUUUAAAAUCGUUCGAAGUAAUACUUUUGCUGAAUUAGAAAGCUUGGAUAUAUUGAAUUUAAAUUCAAAUAAUAUUAGUUAUCUACAUAAUGACGCUUUUGUUGGUUUAAUUAAUUUGAAGUAUUUGUAUUUAAACCGAAAUAAAAUUAAAAAUUUAUUAGCCGAUAGUUUUAAGCACUUAAAUAAUUUAAAAAUUUUAUACUUAGAAGAGAAUAAAAUUAAAGAUAUACACCCAAUAGCUUUUAAUAACUUAAAAAAUUUAAAUUUAUUAUAUUUAAACGAUAACGCAAUUUCUUAUUUAGUGCAGUAUAAUUUUAAACAAUUAACAAGCUUAGUUGAUUUGCAAUUACGUAAUAAUAAUUUAACCGAGAUCCAAACAUCAAGUUUUAAUGGUUUAACUAAUUUAAAAUUUUUAUAUUUAGGACGUAAUCAUUUAAAAACGAUACAACCAUACGGUUUAAUCGGUUUAAAUUCGUUAUUAAUUUUAGAUUUAAUCGGAAACGAUUUCGAUGAAUUCAAUUUAGACCAUUUCAAAAAUAUGUACAGCUUAACAACUAUUUGGUUGGAAAAAAAUCAAAUAAAAAAUUUAACCAUCGAAAAAAACAACGAUUUUAUGUUGUCAAUGAAAACGUUGGAUAUUAUAGAUAAUCAAUUAAAAAAUUUUGAUUAUAAAUUAAUUUUGAAAAAAAUGCCUAAUUUACAAGAAGUAUUAAUCGGGGGAAAUCAAUUUGAUUGUGAGUUUUUCGUCGAAAUGAAGGAAUUUUUUCAAAAUAGGAACGUUUCCGUUUGUUUGAACGGUAAAUGUAACCAGCUAGAAACGGAGAAUUUCGUUAAAAAGACUUGUCACAAUGUUAUUUUAACAAGUAAGAAAGAAAAAAAAGUUGAAAGUGACCAAGAAAAUUUUAUUAACUUCGAAAACGAACAUGUAAUUGAAGAUAUUUCGUUAGAUUUUUCAACGGAUUCUUCUAAUUUCGUUAAAAUUGAUUUAACGUUAAUGAUUAUUUCGAUUUUUGCUUCAAAAUGCUUGUUUUAGAAUUAGAUUUCCUUUGUUAAAUUUUUUUCUACAAUCCCAAAUACAAAAAGUAUUAAGAAAUUGGAUUGUAGAGAAACUAUAAUAUGCAUCUCGGCAGUAAAACGUUUUUAUUGAGUUGUUUAAAUAUAACUUUACUGCCCUGAUACAUAAAUUACUAUUAUUAACUUUGUUUUUUUU